AUGGCGGCAGGUGUAGCAGCGUGGCUGCCCUUUGCAAGGGCCGCGGCCAUCGGGUGGAUGCCUGUGGCCUCGGGGCCCAUGCCAGCUCCCCCGAGGCAGGAAAGGAAGAGGACUCAAGAUGCUCUCAUUGUGCUGAAUGUGAGUGGCACCCGUUUCCAGACGUGGCAGGACACCCUGGAACGUUACCCAGACACUCUGCUGGGCAGUUCUGAGAGGGACUUUUUCUACCAUCCAGAGACUCAGCAGUAUUUCUUCGACCGUGACCCAGACAUCUUCCGCCACAUCCUGAAUUUCUACCGCACCGGGAAGCUCCAUUAUCCCCGCCAUGAGUGCAUCUCCGCUUAUGACGAAGAACUGGCCUUCUUUGGCCUCAUCCCAGAAAUCAUUGGCGACUGCUGCUAUGAGGAGUACAAGGACCGCAGGCGAGAGAACGCAGAGCGCCUGCAGGACGACGCCGACACCGACACCACGGGGGAGAGCGCGCUGCCCACCAUGACUGCUCGGCAGCGGGUCUGGCGGGCGUUCGAGAACCCCCACACCAGCACAAUGGCCCUGGUGUUCUACUACGUGACGGGCUUCUUCAUUGCCGUCUCAGUCAUUGCUAACGUGGUGGAAACAGUGCCGUGUGGGUCUAGCCCCGGCCACGUCAAGGAACUGCCCUGUGGGGAGCGCUAUGCCGUGGCCUUCUUCUGCUUGGACACAGCCUGCGUCAUGAUCUUCACAGUCGAGUACUUGCUUCGCCUGGCUGCAGCCCCUAGUCGUUACCGUUUUGUGCGUAGUGUCAUGAGUAUCAUCGAUGUGGUGGCCAUCCUGCCUUAUUACAUUGGGCUGGUGAUGACAGACAAUGAGGAUGUCAGUGGAGCCUUUGUUACGCUCCGAGUCUUCCGGGUCUUCAGGAUCUUUAAGUUUUCCCGCCACUCCCAAGGCCUGCGCAUCCUGGGGUACACGCUGAAGAGCUGUGCCUCGGAAUUGGGCUUCUUGCUCUUCUCGCUUACUAUGGCUAUCAUCAUCUUCGCUACAGUUAUGUUCUACGCAGAGAAGGGGUCUUCAGCCAGCAAGUUCACUAGCAUCCCUGCAGCCUUCUGGUAUACCAUCGUCACCAUGACGACACUAGGGUAUGGUGACAUGGUACCCAAAACCAUAGCAGGAAAGAUUUUUGGGUCCAUCUGUUCGCUGAGUGGGGUCUUGGUCAUUGCUCUACCUGUUCCAGUGAUUGUAUCCAACUUCAGUCGAAUCUACCACCAAAACCAACGAGCAGACAAACGAAGGGCACAAAAGAAAGCUAGACUGGCCAGGAUCCGGGCAGCCAAAAGUGGAAGUGCAAACGCUUACAUGCAAAGCAAACGGAAUGGUUUACUCAGUAAUCAACUGCAGUCCUCAGAGGAUGAGCAGGCCUUUGUUAGCAAAUCUGGCUCCAGCUUUGAAACCCAGCACCACCAUCUGCUUCACUGCCUGGAAAAAACCACGAAUCAUGAGUUCGUGGAUGAACAAGUCUUUGAAGAAAGCUGCAUGGAAGUUGCAACCGUUAAUCGUCCUUCAAGUCACAGUCCCUCUCUCUCUUCACAACAAGGAGUCACCAGCACUUGCUGUUCACGACGACACAAAAAAACUUUCCGCAUCCCAAAUACCAACGUAUCAGGAAGCCAUCGAGGCAGUGUGCAAGAACUCAGUACAAUUCAGAUCAGAUGUGUGGAAAGAUCACCGCUAUCUAACAGCCGAUCCAGUUUAAAUGCCAAAAUGGAAGAGUGUGUUAAACUAAACUGUGAACAACCUUAUGUGACUACAGCAAUAAUAAGCAUCCCAACACCUCCAGUAACCACACCAGAAGGAGAUGACAGGCCAGAAUCUCCUGAGUACUCAGGAGGAAAUAUUGUCAGAGUGUCUGCUUUGUAA